AUGGUCUGGGUGAAGCAGGCUGCAGUGUUGGCUGCCGCGUCCCUUUCCGUGGUGGCUCGCGCAAACGCCAUCCCUGACAGUGGUUCCGUUGAUUUUGGCGACGGCGCCCCGCUGCCGUCGAUCCCCGCUGCUUCCGCCGACGACCUCCGCAAGCGUCAGACCAUAGGAGGAUUCCUCGACACCGAUGCUGGCCCUCCCGUCACGGGCAACUGCAAUGUGGCGGCGACCUUCAUCCUAAACAAUUUGGGCCAGAUGGUCGUUGGAAACUCGUUCAUCUCGGUGAACCCAGGCACGCCCUUCAUCCCCCUCCGCCCCAUCAACCCGGUUGGCUCCAUCAGCGUCGCUUUCUCCGUCAGCAAUGGCCAGCUCGUCUGGUCGGACCCCAGCUUCUUCGGUGGCCGGGCUGGGUUCUGUCAAGACACCGCCGGCCAGGUCUUUGCAACAUUUGCCGACCCCGCUGUGGCCUACCCUCCGAAUUGCCGCGCCGUACAACUCGGUUCCGUUUUGGCGUCGUCUUGCAAGGACGGUGCCAUUGUCAGCAGCUCUUCUUCGACGACAACCACCAGAACGACCACCGUAAGGAGCUUGAGAGCUCCCAGUGGUCCCAUCACCACGACGCCGUAUGCGAUUCCGACGACGCGUGCCGUUGUCAACAGUACGCUUACUCUCCGUCCCGGUUUGUACACCGAGGCCGGCUUCGUGAACCCUGCCGGGGCUUCCUGCCGGGUCGUCACCGAGUCCUGGGUUUUUGGACAAACAACACUUCUGCCCCCCCGUAUCACGGGUCCUUAG